UUCUUGCUCAAAAAACAAACAUUCAAAUUCAAAAAAAUUACUGGUUUUUGGUUUUAUCAGUUAUUUACUCUUACUCCAGGACGAUUUUUAUUAGAUCUGAGACAGAUUUACCUGGACUCUGGUUUAAUCUUACGAAGCGAAUAAUCUUAAAACAAAUAUGUCAGAUAUAGUAAGCUAUAAAGAUGCUGAAAAUAAAAUCCAUGAAGAGCUAUACAACAAUUUAUAUUUGUUGAAAAAUAUCUAUACAACAACUCUUAACUUUAACCGUGUCUUCAAGAAAUACAUGUUUGCCAAAAGCAAUAAAGAUGGAUUUUUUGAGGUAAUUUAUUAUCUAUUAAAUAUUCUUAAUCCUAUUUUAACUAAAGAAAGGCUAACGACUUGGCCACCCUUUGACAUUAAAACAGAAAAUAAAUUUAGAACUGAAGUAUUGAAUUAUAUGAAGGAAUUAAAUAACUUAUAUCACCAUGCCAAUAUACCUCAAAUGAUGGCAUCUCACUUAAUAUCACCAGGAGGGUAUAAAUUCACUAAGUUUAUGUUUAAAUUGUCCCAGUUAGUAAUUUAUGAGCAUUUAAAGAAAAAACAUGAAGUUGAAUUAUUAUAUUACCCUGAGGCCAAUGAAAAUGAAGAUGUUAUAAAAGUGUUGAUGAACAAUUUCCAAACAAUCACAUCAGGUAUUGAAUUUAAAACAAAAAAGAAACUUGAUCAAUUACAUGAAUAUCAUAAAACACAAGAAGAAAAAGCAUUAUCUAUAGUAAACACUUUAAGCCAAUUAGACAAAAGUGUUUCUGUUUCAAAAAAGGAAAAGGCUAUAGCAGAAGAGAAAUUUUAUAAGAAAUAUACAGUGUAUCCGUCUGAUGAUAGUUUAAAGAAUAAAUUGGUAACUUUAAAUCAACAAUGGCAAAAUUUAGCACACAUUCACACAUUAUAUGGGGAUUGCAAACAAUUACUAAGUUAUAUUAAUAAUACAAAUUUAGUUAUAGAUAUUGAAGAUAAAACAAACUGCAAAGAACAAAAUUUGUCAGAUUUUUUUAAUACAUUAACAUUGUUGAUAAAUUCUAAGUCAUUAGAACUGCCUAAUCCAACUAACUCUUAUAUUCAGCAGAAUUCAGAAAAAAUUUGUGAACUUCUACAUAAAAAUACAACAAUCUUGAAGGAAAUCUCAGUGAAUAUACAACAAACACAAUUAUUAAUUAGGGACACCUAUGAGUCUGUCAGAUUUGUUGAACAUUUGAUCGCAAACCAACCAAAGCCGGAAGAUUUUUUAGAUGAUAUGCAAGGAAUAAAACUUUUGGAAUUGGGCAGUGAUUGAGUACCUAAAU